GGAGGGGCAGGCGUCGCAGGAGGACUGGCAUCGACUCUACGGCAAGUGCUCGGGUAACGAGAUCUACCACAUCAAGCUAAGUGACUCAUGGUUCUUCGGGGAGUACGAGGGCAAGAGCUUCACCUACGCCAGCUUCCACUCACACAGGAAGUAUGGUGUGGCUCUGGUCGGUGUGCGCCUGCCGAGCUGCCGGAGUUCUACGAAGACACGAUCCUCCUGAACCCUGGCCCGAGACACAUCAUGAAGAAGACUGACAUGUGCUUCUAUAUGAGCAUCACCAAAGAAGAGAACAGUGCCUUUGUAGUGGGAACCACCACCACCACCACCACCAGCAAUCAAGAGAGGAGGCCGGAGGGCGGGGAUCACCAUCAAGGACCCAGAGAAGGGGAACGUGGAGAGGAGUGACCGGGAGGAACCCGUACCCAAGCCA